CCUUGUUUUUGCUCAGCCGUGCAUGCUGUUUUGAUUUGGGUCUGAGUGAUCGGACCUUGACUGAUCGAAGAUCGGGCUGUGACACAACGAACCAGGAGAAUUGCUGCCCGGCAAUACGGGUUUUGGCACCGGUUCCAGAGAUGGGGUGUGCAUCGUCUGCUCCAAAUGGAGCGGCGCCUGCAGGGAGUCAGGUUGGUGACAAGGCCAACCAAGAGCUGCGACUUCUAGAUGAAUACUCUGUUGGCUUGACUCUGGGUGAAGGUGCCUUUGGGGUGGUCUCUGUUUGCAAGCGACGAGCCACCGGCGAGGAGUUCGCGGUCAAGAUGGUGGACAAGGUAGAAACACCCGUUGAAGCGAUCAAGAAGGAAGCUGAGAUGCUGCAACUUAUGGAUCAUCCCAAUAUCGUCAAGUCGCAUGGUGUGUACUACGAAAGGUGCUUCGUGUGUAUCGUCAUGGACAAGUUGGAUGGUGGUGACCUGGUAGAGGGCUUGCAACGACAUCUGAAGGAGCGUGGCCAAAUCAAUUGUCAUGAUGUCGUGCACGUAGCGUAUCAGAUGGCGAGCUCAAUUCACUACUUGCACAAUAGGAAUGUGGUACACAGAGACGUGAAGGGAGACAACUAUUUGAUGGAUCGUAAGAACAUGACGGAUAAGAACUGCAAGAUUGUGCUCACCGACUUUGGAACUGCCUGCAAUGCGAAUCCCUCUGAUCGCAUGUCCUCCGGAGUUGGUACCAAGAUUUUUUGGUCCCCGGAGUUUUUCGACCGUGACUAUGGGCAGAAGGUAGAUGUCUGGGCGAUGGGUGUCAUUAUGUACGGCUUGGUGAGCGGCCGUUUCCCCUUUAGAGAUGAGAAUGAUGUGAGGAACAAAGAAGUUCGGAUCCCCAAGCGGGUGCAUCCCGUCUGCGAGGAAUACAUUCGCAAGAUGCUUGAGAAGAGUGAGAAGAGCCGAAUGAGCUCCAAAGAGGUCAUGUCCCAUCCUUGGAUCGAUGGCAAGUUCGGAAAGGUUGCCGGAAAUGAGAACCCGGCGACUGUAGAGGACGGAGACAAGGAUGCGGAUGGCAUGAUGGAGGCUGGCGUCAACGAUGGCAUCAAAGAGCGACGCCAGGAGUUGAUUCAGCGCAUGAACCGUGAAGCGGAGAGUCGCAAAGGGAUUGCUACAAAGAAACAACUCCAAAACCACAAGCACAAGACGUUCGAAGUGGCGGACAAGAUCGUGCAAGGCGGAAAAGCUUCCUACGAAUGGACCAAUGAAGACAAGG